AAACGAAACAGCCGCCCCGGAAAAGAAAAUGAUUGUCAUAUUAUUUUGUAAUGCCACGAUCUAUAGACUAUCGUUGUCCGGUUUGGGAACGAAAUCAUAAAAUACCUGACAGUUAAUAAAUAAUAACAAUAAAAACAGGUUAGCAAAUUUGAAAGUGCCGGCCCGAGCACUCAAUCAGGGUAGAGCGAAAUGGAGUUUUGGCGCCUUUGGUAACUUUUCUUUACCAAACUCGCAAACGCUGUUUUUUUUAUCAUUUGCCAUUUUGGCGCUCCUAUGGUUUGGCGCCUAGAGCGGCCGCUCCACUCGCUCUACCCUAGAUCCGGCCCUGAACUGCGCUCUAAAUUCAGAAUUGGCACCAUUGGCAAGGCGGGCCAUGUCUUCCUAAUGCAUCUGGAUCGGUGUGACCAAUAUCAAUAUGGCUACCGAAAAACAGAGGCAGCCCAAAAAGAAAUGGCGAAGACCUCGACACAUUUUGCACUGACCAAGAGGAAAAAGGAUGUUUGCUGCGAUGGAGUCAAAUGCACACCCCUCAUCGCUUCAGCACGACACGGACGCGAAGGAGCAGUCCGGAUACUACUCGACAAAUUCCGGCCGCCGGUCCGGUUGGAAACCGAGGGCACUGUGAAAUUCGACGAAUAUGUCAUUGAAGGUGCUACGGCCCUGUGGUGUGCCGCGGGCGCCGGUCACCUCGGCAUAGUGAAACGCCUGGUCCGCGCAGGCGCGAACGUCAACCACGCCACAAAGACACUUAGCACACCGCUCAGAGCUGCCUGCUUUGACGGCAGGCUCGAUAUAGUCAAAUACUUAGUCAGGCAUGGGGCCGACAUACAUAAGGCGAAUAAGUACAAUAACACAUGUCUUAUGAUCGCGGCUUAUAAAGGACAUUUGGAUGUGGUUCAGUUCCUCCUAGACAGUGGCGCCAGAGUGGACGAGCGUGCGCUCUGCGGCGCGACUGCGUUACAUUUUGCCGCCGAAUGCGGACACGCUGCUGUCGUCUGCGCGCUUAUUGAGCAUAACGCUAAAAUAUUGACUAAUGAAAAUGGUAUGACACCACUGCAAUGCGCAGCCGAGCGCGCGAGGGCGUCCGUAGUGGAACUACUAGCAGGCAGACCAGAAGUCACACGGGCACAAGCUAUAGAGGCCUUUGAACUGUUAGGGGCCUCCUUCGCUAACGACAAGGAGUAUUACUGUCUCAGGAUGGCGUACCAGUACCUCCGCAAAGCAAUGGCGAUGCGGUACGACACACGGUACGGGUUGCUUCUCAAAAAGCCAGCUGAUCCUAUACCGGCGUAUGAUAAUUGGAAAGAGAGCACUACGAUACAGGAAGUAGAACGGCUGCACGGCAACGCUCACGGCCUGCACAUGGAAGGGCUGGCGGUGCGCGAGCGCGUGCUGGGCCGGCGCUGCCCGGACCUGCCGCACCCCAUCGUGUUCCGCGGCGCCGUGUUCGCGGACGAGGCGCGCUUCGACCGCUGUCUCGCGCUGUGGCGGCACGCGCUCCUGCUUAGGCAGCAUAACUCGGUCUCAGUGGUAAAGGACUUGCUCAGAUUUGCUCAAGUGUUUUCACAAAUGAUCCACAUUGGAAUUGAAUUGCCAUUAGAUAGGGUAUGCUACGUCCUAGAAGCGUGCGCGGAAGAACUAAGGCGGGGCACAAAAAGGUUGGAGACACACCAGCCGCACCACGAUCCGGAGUCGCUGAUAAACCUGUGCCGCGGGCACGUGUUGCAGGAGGAGUACGAGAGCAACGUGCGCACCGCACUGUACCUGGUCGCUGUCGCCGCGAGGCUGUUGGAGAAUGAGGGUAAUAGUGAGGAAACGACAAGUGACACAAGACGGGCAAUCUUCAGGCUACGAGAUGUAAGAUUGCGUUCUGGACAGACGCUACUACACUUAGCAGCAGACAGGCGGACGCCGGUCGACGAUUUCCAUACUAGCGAUGUGUGCCAGUUUCCUUGUCCGCGAACGACGCGAUUGUUGCUAGACUGCGGAGUAGAAGUGGACUCGGCGGACGACGCACGGCGUACUGCGCUGCACGUUGCUCUUAUCUCCUACCAGCUCAUACCAGAUACGCGAGCACAGUGGGCGUCGUCACUUCGCGGCGUCGUGUUUGAGUUACUAGCGCGCGGCGCGCACGCAGAUGCAGUAGAUUGUGAUGGCAUCACGCCUUUAGUUGCCGCUAUUGGUGGUCCAGCAGAAACCGUAGUCCGAGCCGCGCUGUCCCCGCGGCUGUCCUGCCUCGCGGCCGCCGCGCUGGCGCUGCACAACCGCCCCUACCCGCCCUCGCAGGUGCCGCGCGUGCUGCACGCCUUCUUACACAUGCACGGCGUCAAGCCCAAGGAAUGUUGAGACCCUUCCGGACAAGUCAUCAGCGCGAGUAACCUUUCUGGUGAACACGCCUUAAAUAGUAGGGUGGGUCAUUUUUACUUUUUUUUAUUUUCUUAGGGGGCACAGUCACAAAAAGGUGCCAUUUUGUAGUUAAUUACUGUACAAUUUUUUUUUAAUUUUUAUGUUUAUUUUUUUUGCCUCCGGAUUUCAGUUGAAGUUUUUUGUAUUUUGUGUGGAGUAGGGUGUAAAAAAGGUUUAAAUUUUUGAGGUUUUUUUCUUCAUUUAUUUUCUUUGAACCUUUAGCAUGCUAUUACGAUGCCAAUAAUGGUAUAUAUUAAUAUCAAAAUUUUAAAUUAAAAGACAAUACAUAUACUCCGCCCACCACACAAAAUGUACAAAAAAAUAUAUGAAAACUUCAAAGUGGAUCCGGAGGCAGAAGAUUAAUUCCAAUUGCAAAAUAAUUUGAAAUACUGUUUAUUUGCAUCAAUUUGCAAGUUUUUGUAACUGUGCCCAAUGAAAAUAUAAAACUUUUUUUUUUCUCCAUACGGGCCUAUUUAGACGGUACGAGAAGUCGCAUACGAGUUUUAUUACAUUGCGGCAUUUGAUGGCUGUGCAAAAUUGUAUGUAACCUCAACAGCCCGCAAUGUAACUAAAAUCGCAUGCGAGUUCGCACGCCGUCUAAAUCAGGCCUACAGGUGUGACCCACCCUAUUAAAUAGUCCCAAGUCAUACCAUAGUCCGCCGCAGCUCUAACGCUCCACAGCACAACACGACAAGGAGGAUACACAACUUAAAUUCAAGGAAACUAGACGUGUACUACUUCACGCCAAAUAUGUCGUAUACAGAUUCAUAAAAACUGUCAACAAGGUUUCGCAUCAUCCCUCCCGUCCCAGAGAUGCACGGAUUACGGCUAAGGAGUAUAUUGAAAAUACCUCCAAACUUCAGCAGUGGCUGUAUGCAGUCUCGAUUUUUUUUGAACUUGUGUGAUGAUUGUGACUAUAUGAAAGUAUAUCCCUUAUAUCGCGCAUUAUAAGGUCUAAAAUAAAAAAAACUGGAAAGAAUCAAGCACUCUUGAUUAAUUUAAGAUUCUUUCAAGCUAACUUUUAAAAACUCGUAUUUGACUCUUAAAAAGUCACUAAAUACGAUUUCUUUAAAGUUAUAAUAAUGCCUCUGAAGAGGUUGUUUGUUGCCAUUUCAUGAAAGUAAAUUAGUACUUUAUAAAUGAGAUGUUAAAGUCUAAAAUUAAUCGACAAUUGUACAUAAGCUACCGAUAGCCCGCGGUGCCUUGUAAAUAUUGUGUUGGCACUCGAAUAAACGACUUCAUUUCUAUGUUCCUUAAGUUUAAUUUAAGUUUUACGAAAUCUUUACGAUGGAAUUGUAUGUAUAGCAAAGAUUUUUUGGCUGUGAAAGAAUGUAAAGUCUUCAGUUUAUGAAAAAGAUAAAAUAAAAAAAGACGCAGAUAAAGAAAAUGCGCCAUUAUUUGUGGUCACUGUUAUCGCAUAAAAUAAGCGCCAUCUAUGUUAGCAGUCCCAUAAGAAGCACUUAUUUGUAUCGAAACUUUACACGUCUUUUACAACCAAGGAAUCUUUAAUAAAUAGCUUAUCUAAAUGUAAAUGCAAUCUAUGGACUUGUUUUAGUAUAUUUCGACGCGAUUAGCGUCUUGACUUAUAUUUUGUUGUCCGAUGUUUAGCAUUUAUCUCGGAAUUUGUGUAUUUUUACUAAAAAUGUAUAUUUGAACACAGGGUUAUAUGUGUUCAAGUUUUAAAGUACUACUAGACGCCCGUACCAGACCGCGACAUUGGUCCGGUCUGCAUCCCUUCUGGCUAUCACUUUGCGUCCUUAACUGACAUAUGCCGGACCACCGUCCAUUCUAUCGGAAAGUUCGGUCCAAAUAGUGGUCCGGUACGCCCGUCUGUUACAGCUUUUAAAGGUGGCUCAAAAUGUUUAAUUUAACGAAGUGUAGGGGUCAAGUAAUACAUGUGAUAAUGUAGAUAUAAUGUAGGGUAAGCUCCAUAAGGUU